AAUCAGACUUUAGAAACACCCUCUACAUUUCAUACGCGCACACUAUUUUUAGCUGCGGGUAUCAUGAACGGCGGAGCGGUUUCUUGGCCAGCGCCGAAAAGUUUGGUCAUUCUGAUCUUGCUGUUGUACACAAGGAUACUCGACUGUAAAACUUUGGCAAAGAGUGCACCACAAGCUUUAGUGUUUGGAGGCAAUGGCUUACUUGGAGCAAGCACAGUCGAAAAGCUUCUGGUGGGAGGAUUCCACGUCACCACAAUCAACAGAGGAAACUGGUACUGGGAUUCUGGCAUCAAAAUCAAGCCACGUGUACAUCACGUCACCUGUGAUCGUCUGCUAUCUCUCAAAUCCUGCAAAGAGAUCGCAGCGCUAUCGAAAUCAAAGUUUGACGUGGCAGUUGAUUUUAGUGGUUACCACCGAUUUCAAAUUCAAGAAGUCUUUGAUAUUUGGCAGGACAGAAUAGGACUAUAUAUUUACAUUAGUUCUGACUCGGUGUUUGAGGUGUGCAACAAAAGCCACGAUGGAUACUCCCGAGAAACUGAUGCCGUUAGACCAAACAAUGUUCUUAUACGGGAAGAGUAUGCAAAGAAAGAUAGCUAUGGUCAUAGAAAACUGUUAUGCGAAGAGGAGCUACAGUUCCAGAAUAUGAAAUGGGGAGUACCGUUUGUGUCCCUGAGAUUACCUGACGUCAUUGGCCCCCGGGACAACACGUACAGGUGGUGGAUUUACCAGCUGAUGAUCCGCCUAUAUCCUCAUUUGAACUCCGAUAUCAAAUUACCCAGAUCUUUUUGCGAGAAGCCGUUAAGUUUAGUACAUUCCGAUGACGUAGCUGAGGUCAUAUUCGACUUAUGUUCACAAAAUCCAGAAAAGUUUGCUCACGGAAAAGCUUAUAACUUAGCAUUCAAGGAAAAUCCAAGUCUCUUUGAGUUGCUUGAUUUGAUGAAGUCGGAGCUUGAAAUGCCGGAUGUUCCAGUGACGUGUGGCGAAGAGCCAGGGGUUCACCUCUAUCCAUCGGUGACCCUAGGGCCAGUGAAUACAUCUCUGGCCGAGCGGGAACUGAGCUGGAACCCCAGCCCGCUCACCGAGACCGUGAAAGAACUAGUAAUCUUUUACGAGUCCGCAUCUCGCAAUCCAGAAUUCAGAAGAGAGCAGGAGGGAAUGUUGAAUUCAGCACACAUUGCCAGAAACCAACAAGACAUGUCCAAAGCUUUCAACAAGGUGUAUUUGACUUUGUCCAUGAGAGACGAGCUGUGAGUCGGCGAGAUAUGCCAAUAAGUGUGUGUCAACAAUAUGGGAACAUUAAAAAUAUUUUUUUUUGCUCAGAGAGAGAGCAAGAGAGAGAGAGCAAGAGAGAGAGAGAGAGAGAGAGAGAGAGAGAGAGAGAGAGAGAGAGAGAGAGAGAGAGAGAGAAUGAAUCAUUGAUCUGUUAUAUAGUGUCUAAUCUAUCAACAUUCAGCAUAGCUUUGCUUUUGAAACUUAGAUAUGUUUUCUAAGUUGAAUAUUUUUUUUUGUCAAUAAAUGAUUCGA